UGACUAUUCCUCAUUGUCUAUGUCACCAACAGUGUCCAAUCAGGAUAGGAGCAGUGACAGGGAUCUGGAAGAUAUAAUACCAGACACACCAGAAUCCACACUGAGACUUAAUACAGGAAGAAAUUUAUUCGAUUACAUCCUGGAAAUACAACAAUCAGUUAAAGAAUUACACCAAAAAAUUGACAAGGAAAAAAAGUUCCGCAUUGAGGGUGCAGUUCAACAAGAGUUGAAUGUAAUUGCCAAGGCGGCGUUUGGUACAGACAUUUUCAAUGUGUCAGACUGUUUCAUUGACGAAAUAAAGCAGCUGAUCCAAUUGGAAAUGAACAGAACCCCUACUGCACUUGAAGUUAGAAUGGCCAAACAGCAUAUAAGAAAGAAGUUUAGUAUGGAGUAUAGACCUGCUAUGUACAGAACUCUAAAGAAAAAUAUGGAAAUGGGAAGGGAGCAAAUAACCAGAAAAUUAUUCAAAAGCUUUGCAAGUACCUUGCACCAAACCACUGUAAAUACAGUAGGAUAUAGAAAAAAAGUAGUAUUGAUAAUGAGAAUUGUACAAAGAAGGGGUAGCAUUGUCCCAGGUACCUUCUGGACCAGAGUCAGAAAUCUAUAUGACUCAAUAGAAGAAAAGAUACCAGCCAGAAAACUGGCUAUUUAUGAGGCGUUUCAAAGGAAAGAUGACAGGGGGGGGAGGGAACAAUAAAGUUUACCAUGAUCAAAACAAAAUUGAGUGUUCCUCUAUUUGUUUUAUUAAUUAAUUUCACAAUUGUAUCAUAUUAAUUAAGUUUCUUCUGAA